UUCUUUUUUUUCUUCUUCUUCUUCAUAUUCUAUUUUUUUCCUUUUCUUCUUUUCCUUCUUCUUUCAUGUCACUGCUCAUGCGCAUUUUUAAUCUGGUUUUGGCCCCGUGACUGCCCAAAUGAGUGAAGUGUGCGGUGAUUCUAAGAUCGACGGCACUCAUCUGCAUGUCAUACUGACUGACAGUAUUAUUUCUCUUCCCCAGCAGACUCCAAGGGCAUUUAAAUUAAAGGUACAGUGUUCUGCACUAAUAUAA